UCUCCCGUGCGGUAAGCGACUGCAGCUGCUCUAAUGCCUGUCUUCUACCUGCCCUGAAAGACUUGGUGGUUUGUUUCCUUGGUUUUUUCGAGGUUUUGACAUGUAUCAGAAGUAAUAUAGAAAAGAUUGGAGCCUUGCAGGUAGAGGAGAAGCCACAACAAGAUAAAGCAAAGAAGAGGAACAAGUUUUCUUUCCCAGUCCAGGAAAAAUAACCUGUUGGAUUAUAACCUGCUAACAGUGGAGAGUGCCAACAUGAGCAGCGAGGGGGCAGAGAAUCCCAUCUCAUCCACACUGACCCAGGGAGUGAAGAGAAAGAGGGGGAGACCAAAGAAGCAGCCACAGGAGGAUGGUGGAAACACAGCUACUAUCCCACAGGAUGCUGUGGAACCACAGCCAGUGAAGAAACCACGAGGAAGGCCAAAAGGAAGCAAGAAAACGACUGUUGUAAGUGGGGGAACGGCAGAACCUUCUGCUGGGAAGAGGCAAAGAGGGAGGCCCCGCAAGUGGCCUCAAGCAGUGGUCCAAGAAGGAGAGUCUCAGGGAGGAGAUCCUCUGGAAAGCAGUGACUUGGCUUUGAACUCGGCACCAGCCACACAAGACAUCACUGGAAAAGACGGCUCCAGGUCUGCCAAAACCACUGGUCUUAGGAGAUGUCUGAGUCACAUCCCUGCUGCAGCUCAGUAAUGUCCCACCUGUUUGUGUCUUGCUGAAGCCAGAGGAGUGGAAAGCAAACAGGACUUUUAAUGUUGUAUUUCAGAUUCUUCAUUUGUGAUAAUUUUAGCCAAGCUCUCUCCUGUUGCCUGUGGACUUGCUUACCCCAAACAUCCAAACAAGGAUUUAGGGGAAGAAAUGGCAAAUUGCCUUGUUGGAGAGAAGCCUUUUACAGUUUGUAGUAUAUCUUCUGUGAGUAUAAUGAUUUCUCUUUAAAAUACUUGGAUCACCCGGUGCCUUGCCCUGCCACAGAGAGCAGUAUUUCAGCAGAAGCUGACUCAGCAAUACAGAUACAGGAAAGGAAAUCUAUUUACACAGUUAAUGGCUGAGCUCGUCUGCCAUAUCACCUCUGGCAGACUGAUGGGGCAGUGCCAGGAGUUAAGUUUUGCUGUGUUGCCCCAUAGGGACUGUAUCUGAAAGACAGCCUUUGAGUCCUUUCUUGACUAUUUCAGAACAAAAAACCUUCAUGGCAUUUCCAGCUUGCCCUGCACUGCUGUUCCAGUGGCCAGUAACUUGCAUGCUUUAGGGGAAAGUUUGCACCCCGAUGUCUUAGGGAUUGAUUCUGAAUUUUUUAUCUUAAUGUGAUCAGCUCAGGGCCAUCUCUAUAACUUCUUCUGGCCUGGUGGCUCUCCCCCCAAGUUUGAUAGCAGCACCAAGUGCUUACAAGCUUAGUCACAGCCACUGGAUUUCAUCUCUUCAAAGGAGUGUCUGUAAAGAAGCAGUUACACAAAAGUUGCUUCCUUGCAGAGCCUCAGGAUUCAAUUUAAAUUAGUUUAAAUUCAGUCCCUAACAUGCGUGUGUGGGGUCCUCUAGUGUCACAACUAUGCAAAUAAAAGCUGCUGAUAGUUCAGUUUGGGGAGACAGCAGUAGCCAGUUGGUUUGAGAUUGUUGCUGGCUGCUCUCAGUUUUACACUGUUUGCAGAUUUGUGCUUUUGGUGUCAGAGCUGUUAAAUUCUGAGAAAUUGAGGGUAUUUCCAAUAUCCAGUUGCAAAUAGUGAAAUCCCGGUGGUAUUUUCCAUCUCCUGGAUGUUCUGCCUGCCUAUUAAAGGGACAAAGUGGGUAUUUCAAUUAUCUCUGACAGGAUGUAAAAUUGGCUAGCUUUACAGUGUUAAAUAUUUAAACAGAACAUAAUUGGCUUUAAAUUUAUGGUGGUGCAUAGCAGAAACCCAUGAAAUGGCUGUGUAUAUUGAACUCAUUUAUUAUCUUUUCAUCAGAGUUCUGUUCCCUUGGCAAGUAUUUAUUUAACACAAGAAAAUGUAUGCAGAAUUAAGAAGGGCUGAAUGCAGAGAUAAUAGGGGGAAAAGUGGUUUUUUUUUUUUUCCUUUUGGGUCAUUUUGUCCAGUCCAUCUAGUUUAGUACUGAUGAGUCCUGAUCCCAUUAUUUCUGCUUAGUAGUGAUGAGUCCCAGUCCUAAUUCUGUGUGGUAUCUGGUUUGCCCUAAGGGUGUGUAUGGAGCUUGGUGGUCACAGCACAAAACUGCAUCACAGAUAAUCUUUGUGCCUCCACUACCAAAUAGCAGAGAAAUCUAGGACUAAAUGGAUUAGAUCACAGGGACUGACCUAAAUCCUGUGCUAUAGGAUGAGCUGUGCUGCCAGAUACAAGGAGUUUGACCCCCAGCUCCUGCUGUGGGGAUUACUCUGGGUGGGACAUGACACAAGUGACUCUCUACUGUUGAUGGUUACAUGAGAAGGUGCAGCUGAUGCUCCCCUGAAUUCUGCUGCUCUUCAGUGCACUCACAAGUUCAGCUGCAGUUCAUAUCUGCAUUCAAAGGCUACUCCAGUAGCAGACCAAUAUAUUUUACCAACUUCUGUGCCUGAUUUUCAGUUGAUUUGGCAGUUCAUUACUCUGUUUGCAAGGCUAUACUGCCCAUUCAAUUAACCCCUGCUACCUGAGAGCAGUAGCACUUGCAGUGUGAGACUGUAACUUCAGCUUCUAAAUGGAUUAGGGAUUACAUCUGGAAGAGACUCAGGCUUUUCCUGUGACAUCAGUCAGUCCUUUCUCAGCUGAUGGCAUGGAGUAGGGGUGCACACUGCCUUGGCUAGAUAGUAAAUCCAUCUGCUUUAGGUCAGCAGUAUUGCUCUGGGAAGUACUUGCAAAGUACUCUUAAAAUUAAAAAAAAAACCCUAAAAAAAUCUAGUCUUUGCUAACUCUUACCACUCUGCUAAAAAAAAAAAAAAGCCAAAAAAAACCACAGUAAAGAAGUAAAACACAGUAAAAAUGCAGUUGCUGGAGGAGAACAAAGAGAAUUCCACUCUUUUAGGAGCUCUUCUGUGUGUAGUUGAAACCCCAGUCCAUAACUUCAGCUUCCAUGUUUACACAGAGAAUUUAGAAUGGAAAUCAAUGCCUAUGAAAGGUGGGCAGAAUUCCAGACAUCUGCAGGGAGCUGGGAUUUCACACUGGAUCACUUGGAUUGUCUUUUUUAAAAUGACAAACAUUUUUAUUUCCCAUAUAGUUAAUUACCUUUUCUGGAGAGACAAACCUACCUCUAAGCAAGUGCAUGUCAAGUGUUUUUAAGCUCAGUUUGGUCUGACUUGGCCAAAAAUAAGAGGUCAUUACAGUUGGUUAAACCACAGGAGGUGAGGUGAAGUUUGUUGUCUAGCAAAGUUUGGAAGUUUCCUAUAAAUGGUUUUGGUGAAGGCAUAGAGAGUGUUGGCAACUUGCAAAUUAGCCUUGAAGUUUGUUAAAUAAAGGUCUUGAACAAA